AUGCCCCAGAAGCUCCUGCACCGGAGUGGCCCCUUCGGCCUGCUUGCCCGCACAGCCACCUGGUGGGAGCAUGUGCCUGCUGGAGGAAACCUGCAUUGGCAAGAUGCCAACACAUGUGGCAACGUGGGCCUGAGCAAUCCAAAAUUUGCUAGCCACCAGGCUUUCCGCGAUGCAGUGCUCGGGAUUCUGCGCGAAGGCGCACAGUACAAGCGCGAGUGCCCAGCAGCACCAACGCAAAAAUGCCCGCCAUGGCCCGAAUACAGUUGCGGUGUGACAGAAGGUAUGAAAUACCAGGUGAUGCCGGUUGAAAGGGCUUGGGUGGACCACAUGGAGCUUCGCGCGAUCGUCGGCAACCUCGUACAAGGACGUCCGUGGGACAUCAAGAAGGACAAAUGGGACGACGCAAAAGUCAUCUACAAGUGGCAGGAUCAAAAGGGUCCGUGGACGGGAAAGCAGGGGUGGCCACGUGACCCUUUCGUGGCUGGAUUCUAUGACUUCUAUGACCAGCCAAUUGGCUUCAAGCCUCCAGAAGGGCGUUUUCUUGGUCGGGCUGGGGAGCAUGAGGUAACCGACAAGGAUUACCUCAACUUAUGCUGCACCCUCUUAAUGUCCUCGAGCUCGAAAGAUGAGUAUGCCACCAAGCUUGCGACCUAUCCACUCUACUUCCUCUGGUUCACGAAGCUGGAGAAAGACGACAAGUCUUUCUCCAACUCCGUGGGCAAGAAGCCCGAGUGGGCCUUCCUGAAAAAGAGCAACGUCAACAUGAGUUGCAGUGUCGAUACGUGCAACCGACAAACUCCGCCUCCUCCCUCCUCGAGCUCGAAUUGCGAUGCUCCAGUGAAGGUUACCCUCACAGGGAAGACCGGACCCGAUCGCAGAGUUGCAGCCUGCGACGCAGAGACUGCAAGGAAGGAGCUCACUGAGAGAUUGAAGGCUGAGAAGAAGCUACAGGACGGCGAAGAGUGCGUUCUGAACUGCGACGGAUCUCAAAGGACCACCGAGAAAUGCUGUUGCGAAUUCUUUCAGGACGGCACCGAGACGGCGAACCCAAAGUUCAAAACUGAUCGCCAGCCCGGGAUUCCUGCGUUAAUGCAGGGGCAGACGCGGACCUCGGAGAAUCAGACUGAGACCGAGCUGCGUUUCGAGCUGCGCAUCGAGAGCGGCAUGGACAAGGACCUUGUGGCUGCUACUGACUCGGUGGGCUGGGGCUCUGCCGCAGAUCGAGAUGGAUUCUUGAGCCAACUGCACGACAAGGGCGUGUUCAAGGCUUCUCAGCUGAGCUCCCUGAAGGAGGAGGAUCUCAGCCUUCCGAAUGACCAGUUGGUGAGAAGUCGCUUCCACGAAGUUCAGGCUCAGCAGGAAGCCACCCGCCUCGGAGCAGGCGCAAACCAGGCCGAGAUCGAGGCCCGGCGUCAGCAGCUUCGACAGGAGGUGUCGCAAGACCUCGACAGGACACAGAACCUGCUCAACUCAGCCCUGGCGGAUGCCCAGAAUGCAGUCCAGCAAGGCUCUGACGCGUUGCAGAGCAAGGCGAAGGAGCUGCGAGGGUGCCAGUACAUAUGUACUUUCGGCACCAAGGCGAACUUGAGCUCGGAUCUCGAAUGA